AUGGAUAAACAUCAACAAAACAUUCGCGUCCAAAGACGUACGAACGAAUUGGAGGGAAGAGAUAUUUCUUACAUAAAAUGCAUUAUAAAAUCUGGACAUCUCGAAUUCGAAUGGUCCAUUAUUACGCCAUCAAAAUGGGACUGGAUUGGACUGUAUAAGAAUAGCCGUAAAGAAAAUACAAAUUGGCUCAAUGGUCAUUGGUUUUAUAUCUCUAGACACAGUCAUCGUGAGACUUUACUUGACGGACGAUAUUCUUUUACUGGCACGCAUUGGAUUGGAACCGUAUCUGGUCAAAAUCAAAUCAGAUUAAAUACAUACGAAUCUUAUAACGUGUAUAAAACUUAUGCGCACGCGAAUGUACUCGACCCGGAUUUUGCGCAUUUUGACAAGUCUCGCGUACAUUAUGUCAGGAAAGGAUUACAACAUUUAUUUGCUCGUCACAAAACCGAUUGGGGAUUUAAUCAAAAUAAUAACUGGAAUAAUCGGAAUCGGAAAAAACUUCUAAAACCUUUUCAAGCCUUUGUUAACAAAAACGCAGAUAAUGUCAAUGUUUACCUUGGAAUGUAUAGAAAUCAGAAUGCAUAUCUUGUCGUAGAUCACGCGUCAUACCAAUGUCUUAUGAUUUAUCGUGGAGGGGAGAAGGAUUAUUUCUUGUGGUCUGGAUGGAUACUCGGAGAAGAUCAAUACAGAUCUGUUACAAACCCACCCUACAAAUUAUCAGAAACCGUACUUUUAGUAUACGAAGAUAUACUCGAUCAACUAGCCAAUUCUGAAGGUGAACGUGAGGAUUUAAUUAAACAAUAUUUAGAAAUGUUUCUUAGGGACAAGAAUCGUUAUGGCGAAAAAGUAUAUGAGAAAAUUGCAGAUUUGUUUGCUAUUGCAGAAAGUUAUGUUCCAUUGUCAACGGAAGGAAGGGAUGAAUAUACUCCCGAAGACGGAUACGAACUUGAUUUUAAAAACAUUAAGGAAAAGGCGGAAACGACUCUGAGAGAGCUGAGAAAAACUACACUUUAA